GAGUAGUAGGCGUAGGCAUAGCGAUGAUUCCUCUCAAUGUAUUCAUAUUUUAUUUUAUUAAACAAUAAAACAAACGAGAGUAACCGGGAACCGGUCUCUCCGGUUGCCGCGAUCAAAUGGCAUCUUCCUCUACACCUUGCAUUAUUAUUAUAUACAUAUAUUUUCAACUCUCUCUCAUCACGCAGUAGUUCCCCAUGACUCAUGAUUGUAGUUGCCGGUGACAUUCAAGCUUCAUACUCGAGCAAGCUGUUCCACAACACACACACACACACACACAUCCAUAUCCAUAUAAAUGUAAACGAUUGAGGAGUGGUUUUCUUCAACUUUUUAGAUUGUUGGAAUUUUGAAACCGACAACUCUACUUUGAUCAACAAUUUUGAUUUUUGUCGAGGUCGAGAAGACUGAGAUGUUUGAUCUCAAUCUGACCAUAGAUUCCAACGGCGACGCCAAGUUUAAUGCAGACAACUGCGAUGGCUGGUCGGCGGCGAACGGCGAGGGUGAAUCGAGCUCCAGCAACGACGAUACGUGCUCGAGACGCGCCUCCUUCACCUUCAGCUUCGACAGCGAUUUGAGUUUUGAUCAGGGGUUGACUUCGGCCCUCGUGACUCGGGACCUGUUCCCGGUGAGUAGAAUCGAGGAGCCGAGCAGCGGCUGGCGCCAGAAUGAAGCGCCUCCUCCUCGGAUGCCUGUGCAACAAGAGGUGCAGCAGGUACAAGCCGUCCAAGCGAGGAAGAGCCGCCGGGGCCCCAGGUCUCGGAGCUCUCAGUAUAGAGGGGUCACUUUUUACCGAAGAACUGGCAGAUGGGAGUCUCAUAUUUGGGACUGCGGGAAACAAGUUUAUCUAGGUGGAUUUGAUACGGCUCUUGCUGCUGCUAGAGCGUAUGAUAGAGCGGCAAUUAAGUUCCGAGGUGUUGAAGCUGAUAUUAACUUUAAUCUCGGAGAUUAUGAUGACAUGAAACAGGUGAUGAAUCUGCCGAAAGAAGAAUUUGUGCAGAUGCUUCGUCGCCAGAGCAGUGGAUUUUCGAGAGGGAGUUCUAAAAAUAGAGGAAUGACACUCCAAAAAGGUGGCCGUUGGGAGGCUCGAACGGGGGAGUUUCUUGGGAAGAAGUACGAGAAGGCAGCCAUCGUGUGCAAUGGAAGCAACACUGUCACCAGCUUUGAGACUAGCAAACACAAUGAGGAGACAAUCGUUGAACCACACAAUGGAGGUAGCCAACAUGAUCUUAAUCUGAAUUUGGGGAUGUCUGCAUCUUCUCCCAAGAAGAGUGGAUGUUUGGAUUCUUUAAAGCUCCAUCAUGAUGCUCAAACCACAAAAACAUUGAUGCUACAUGCCGGGAACUCUGCCUCAAACUCUAUGUCUAACCUGCCACUCGAAGGAGUACCAGUAACAUCACAACAUCCUAUUUUGCGCGGCGGUGUGGAUCCUAAAUUUGUUCCCAACAAUGAGGAAAGAGAAAGAAGCGGUACCAUAUCUAAACUGGAACUGGCAAACUUGGCUUGGCGAAUGAAGGGCCACAAUCAAACGACGGCAGCAUCAUCAGGAUUCUCAUCUCCAGCUCCAUCCGGUUCUGCUUCUCCGGUUCCUUUCGAUUAUGCAAACACAUUUGCAUGUUAUUGGAUGAAGCCAUUUCUGCCACCAUCUUAGUCUUAAUGUGGAUGCAUGUAGUAAUAGGGAAUCAUUUUCUUCUUUUUUUUGCUUCUUUCUAUUUCCUUUUAUUUCAAAGUAAAGAGGUUUAUAUUGUAGAGGUGUUAUAAGUCAGUGGCUGACGCAGAAAACAAAUAUUGGAGAGCUACAACCUACACAACUAUUAUUCUAAAUUUGCACAACAAUUAAUGGCGGACUAUCUUCCUAAGUUUUUGGGC